CACCUUUCCACCAUGCGUGAGGCUAUCUGCAUCCACAUUGGCCAGGCCGGUUGCCAGGUUGGCAAUGCUUGCUGGGAACUUUUUGUUAGAGCACAUGGCAUCCAACCGGACGGUUCUAUGCCCUCUGACAAGACGAUUGGCGUCGAGGAUGACGCGUUCAACACGUUCUUCUCCGAGACGGGCUCUGGCAAGCACGUUCCGCGCGCCAUCUUCCUGGACCUCGAGCCGACCGUCGUCGACGAGAUCCGCACCGGCACCUACCGCCAGCUGUUCCACCCCGAGCAGCUCGUGUCCGGCAAGGAGGACGCCGCGAACAACUACGCGCGCGGGCACUACACCAUCGGCAAGGAGAUCGUCGACCUCGCGCUCGACCGCAUCCGCAAGCUGGCGGACAACUGCACCGGCCUGCAGGGCUUCAUGGUCUUCCACGCCGUCGGUGGCGGCACGGGCUCCGGCCUCGGCGCGCUGCUGCUCGAGCGCCUCUCCGUCGACUACGGCAAGAAGUCCAAGCUCGGCUACACCGUGUACCCGUCCCCCCAGAUCUCCACCGCCGUCGUCGAGCCGUACAACAGCGUGCUCUCCACGCACUCCCUGCUCGAGCACACCGACGUCGCCACCAUGCUGGACAAUGAGGCCGUCUACGACCUGACCCGUCGCAGCCUCGACAUCGAGCGCCCGACGUACACGAACGUGAACCGCAUCAUCGCGCAGGUCGUGUCCUCCCUCACCGCCUCCCUCCGCUUCGACGGCGCGCUCAACGUCGACCUGACCGAGUUCCAGACCAACCUGGUGCCCUACCCGCGCAUCCACUUCGUGCUCACGAGCUACGCCCCCGUCAUCUCCGCCGAGAAGGCCUACCACGAGCAGCUCUCCGUCGCCGAGAUCACCAACGCCGUCUUCGAGCCCGCCGGCGCCCUCACCCGCUGCGACCCCCGCCACGGCAAGUACAUGUCGUGCUGCCUCAUGUACCGCGGCGACGUCGUGCCCAAGGACGUGAACGCCAGCAUCGCCUCCAUCAAGACGAAGCGCUCCAUCUCCUUCUGCGACUGGUGCCCCACCGGUUUCAAGGUUGGCAUCAACUACCAGCCCCCGACCGUCGUGCCCGGCGGCGACCUCGCCAAGGUGCAGCGCGCGUGCUGCAUGAUUGCGAACAGCACCGCGAUCGCCGAGGUGUUCGCGCGCAUCGAUCACAAGUUCGAUCUCAUGUAUUCCAAGCGAGCGUUUGUUCACUGGUACGUUGGUGAGGGUAUGGAAGAAGGAGAGUUCUCUGAAACCCGCGAAGACCUUGCAGCUCUUGAGAAGGAUUACGAAGAGGUUGGUGCUGAGGGCGCCGAUGGCGAAGGCGAGGAAGAUGUUGAGGAGUACUAA